GUCCAAGAAAACAGGCCACAGUUGUCAUCUGUACCUGGUGUAUCAGCAGUCUGUGCUCCCUCCCUCCAACCACGCAGAACAAACGCUAUAUUCAUCUGCUCCACCUUGCAGUUACUGAAACUCCCUGCAGGAACUCCUGGGUACUUUUCCCCACCGUUUGAGCUGCUGAACACAAUGCCAUUCACGGGGCGAAAACCGGCGCAGCGCCUGCUCUGUUCACCCAACAAUGUGGAGAACAUGCAGUAUUUUUUGCGCAUGGAGUCUACUGUUCUUGACAGAGGUCUGUGCGCAGACUCAGCGGAGACCAACCUUCACAUGCGGCGGAAACAUCACAGAGGAGUCUGGAGUAAUCGGGAGCCAGGGGUACCCAGGAGUUUACCCUCCAAACACCAAAUGUGUGUGGAGAAUCACAGUCCCUGAAGGAAAAGUGGUGGUCCUGUCAUUCCGCUUUAUUGACUUGGAGAGCGACAACCUGUGCCGCUACGACUAUGUGGAUGUUUACAGCGGGCAUGUUAACGGGCAGAGACUUGGUCGCUUCUGUGGGACGUUCAAGCCCGGAGCCCUGGUUUCCACGGGCAACAAGAUGCUCCUGCAGAUGGUAUCUGAUGCCAACACCGCUGGGAGUGGCUUCCUGGCUGUUUUCUCUGCUGCCCACCCACACGAGAGAGGGGACCAGUACUGUGGAGGCAGACUGGACAAGCCCUCUGGGACUUUUAAAACGCCCAACUGGCCUGAAAAGGACUACCCAGCUGGUGUCACAUGCUCCUGGCACAUAGUGGCACCAAAGAACCAGAUUAUUGAAGUCAAGUUUGAGAAGUUUGACGUGGAAAGAGACAACUACUGCCGCUACGACCACGUCUCCAUUUUCAACGGGGCAGAGAUCAAUGAUGCUAAGAGGAUUGGCAAAUUCUGCGGAGACAGCCCCCCAGCGCCAGUGUUCUCUGACGGGAACCAGCUCCUAAUCCAGUUCCUGUCAGAUCUUAGUCUAACCGCAGACGGCUUCAUUGGACACUACAAGUUCAGACCAAAGAAAUUCCCCACCACCACAAUACCACCCACCACUACCACACAGCCAAUCACCACCAGGCCCAUACCUCUGAAGUACUCCGUCGCCCUGUGCCAGCAGAAAUGCAAAAGACGAGGAACACUUGAGAGCAAUUAUUGCUCCAGCAAUUUUGUAAUAACGGGGACUGUCAUCACGGCGGUGAUGAGAGGAGGAAGCAUGUACGCCACUGUUUCUAUCAUCAAUGUGUAUAAGGAAGGCAGCCUGGCCAUCCAGCAGGCAGGAAAGACCAUGAGCACCAAGAUCAUUAUCUUGUGCAAGAAGUGCCCACUUAUCAGAAGAGGCUUGAACUACAUCUUCAUGGGCCAGGUGGACGAGGAGGGCCGGGGGAAAAUCGCCCCUCACCACUUUGUUAUGGCGUUUAAGACCAAGAACCAGAAAGGACUCAACGUUCUGAAAAACAAGCGGUGCUGAGCUCCAGUAGCUCAGAGAGAUCUCUACUCGACUGGUGUGCCUGAGGCUCGGCUGUGGAUGGAAACAAUUAAGCAAAAAAAAAAAAAAAAAAAACAAUCUCCAUGUCAACAACAUAAACUCAGGCCACAAAAACAAAUCUGAAUCUGGAUGCAGAACAAAACUCAAAAUCUACAUUUUCAUCAAUUAAGGGUAGCUCAGAUUUUUGUGUUUAUUAAUUUUGCUGCGGAUCGCAUGUUUUUAGAAUAAACAAGGGGACAUUAAGAACUUCCAGUCUGUCUUCUAUUAAAGUCAGUCAGUCAGUUAGUCUCUUUCACAACCUCAAAGUAAUCAGCCACAAAAUUAGCUGAAAUUUCCAUCCCUAUUCUCAACCUGUCAGGCCCCUAGCAGGGAAUUAUACGGUAGCCAGUAAUAGGAGCCCAGAAUAGGAUGCAAUUCACAGACUCAUGUUUCAAGACAAAUAACAGAUGGUCUUUUCUGACAUCCUAUGAUGGCACCAUUCAUUUAAACAUUUUCCAUAUUUUGCCUUUCAAUUUUAUUUUCUUUUGAGGCUGCACAGUGCAUAGUAUAUUAAGAUUGGGAUUUAAUAUUAUUUAGUCUUCACUAAGCAACGAUAUCCAGCAAAAUAAUCUUUAAUAUCUCAAGCCUGAUGGGUAAUCAAAGGGGGAUUUACAGCUGAUUGUUUUCAGUUUAAUGAUGGUGUUAACAAGCUGCCGCUAGAUUUUUUUGUGUUCAGUUUUAAUGGGCAGGGUUUGGAAGUUUUAAAUGUGGUGAUUAAAGUGCAAUAUUUAAUAUAUACCUGACUAUUUUAAAAAGAUUUUUGUGCUGGUUUUAUGUGACACGGACCUUCCUAGCUAAAGCUCUUUUUGUUAGUUUGUUUACAGAUGCCACCGCCAUCAGCAUACAUGAUUUACUUAGUGUCACAGUUUUUAAAGGAAGAGGUGUGAAAUGAAAAAUAUUUUCAUAUGAAAAAGUCUGUGAAUAUUAUUUAUAUUUUAUUGUUUUCAUCUGCCCAAAUAAACCUCUUAUAACAUU